AUGGCUUCGAAUGAGGACCCAACUCCCCUGGCCUCAGACCUACCUGGAGGCUGGCUGGAGACGCCGGCAGAACCAAGUCGACAACAGUCAUAUGUGGGCUCACGAUACCCGAACCAGGAUGACGGCUCAGUCACUCCCAGAGCUCCUCACAGCGAACCCACGGAUACAACCUUCAUUUCCAAAGCGUUAAACACGAGUAGCCAGAGCUAUUACGGCGCAGAGGGUGCUGGGCAUUUUACAGACUCCAGUCAUACCACUGCAGUGCCAUCACCAGAUAACGAAUCGUCAGCACCUGAUACGAGCCGGGAUCCUUUGGAGCGAAACACUGCCACACAUGGUAACUCCGUAUCCCUCCCUAUUCCCAAUCAUGGCUAUCUCCAACAACAAACCCCUGAUGGGCCCGUGGAGGAGCAAGUGGUUCUAGGAGACGACUCCUCAACUUCUGAGCAUGAAGAUGAAAGCGAAAUCAAAACUACCAAAGCCAGUACGAGGCCAACCCUACAAUCGCGACAAUCACAACCGAUGACCGAAGAAGAUCUGUUUCGUGUGUUGUCCCGGCGCAGGACCAGUCAGAGCCAGGGGCUGAGCAAGGCCAGGACCGGACAAUCACACAACAGUGCGGAGGAGGAUGAAGGAAUCAACAACUUGAUAUCGAAGAUGUUUGGACACACGAGGCAAGCCGCAUCAGAGGAGGAAAAGACUAGACAUCAAGGUGUCAUCUUCAAGCAUUUGACCGUCAAAGGAAUGGGUGUCGGUGCUGCGCUUCAACCCUCUGUUGGCGACUUCUUUCUCAACCCAGCUAGGUUCGUCAAGAACUUGUUCGCAAAGGGUCCCAGGAAGGCAGCAGGCAAGCCACCUGAGAAAUGUGCUUUGGUCCUCGGUCGGCCAGGCUCAGGCUGCUCCCUUUUCUUGAAGAUCAUUGGCAAUCAAAGAUUUGGGUUCGAGGAAGUGGCGGGUGACGUGACAUAUGGCGGUACAGACGCCGAGGAGAUGCGCAAGAAGUAUCGGUCUGAAGUCCUCUACAACCCAGAGGAUGAUUUGCAUUACGCCACACUCAAGGUUAAAGACACCCUUGAAUUCGCCUUGAAGACCAAGACUCCCGGGAAAGACUCGCGCAACGAAGGCGAAUCUCGCCAGGACUAUGUGCGCGAGUUUUUGCGAGUCAUAACCAAGUUAUUCUGGAUCGAGCACACCCUCGGAACAAAGGUGGGCAAUGAGCUCAUUCGCGGUGUAUCUGGAGGAGAAAAGAAGCGUGUCUCGAUUGCUGAAGCCAUGGUUACCAAAGCGUCCGUACAAGCCUGGGACAACUCUACGCGUGGCUUGGAUAGUUCGACGGCACUGGAGUACGUCCAGAGUCUUCGCUCCUUGACGAACAUGGCACGGAUUUCCACCUCAGUCGCCUUGUACCAAGCUGGAGAAUCGCUAUACGAUCUGUUCGACAAGGUGUUACUCAUCCACGAGGGCCGCUGUUGUUACUUUGGCCCUACUGAGAAGGCUGCAGAGUACUUUCAGCGCCUUGGGUUCGUCAAACCCGAACGCUGGACCACGUCUGACUUCUUGACUUCGGUCACAGACGAGCACGAACGACACAUCAAAGAUGGCUGGGAGGAUCGUAUCCCCCAUACCAGCGCUCAGUUCGGCAAAGCUUUCGCCGACAGCGAACAAGCUCAGAACAACAUGGCUGAGAUUGAGGAGUUUGAGAAAGAGACGCGACGACAAGUAGAAGAGCGUCAAGCCGCUCGAACAAAGGCUACGCACAAGAAGAACUACACGCUGUCUUUCCCCAAACAAGUCAUGGCUUGCACCAAGCGCCAAUACCUUGUCAUGAUUGGGGAUCCACAGUCUCUUGUCGGAAAAUGGGGUGGAAUCGGCUUCCAGGCGCUCAUAGUCGGUUCUCUGUUUUACAAUCUCCCAAACACCUCUGCAGGUGUCUUUCCAAGAGGUGGUGUCAUCUUCUUCAUGCUGCUAUUCAAUGCCCUCCUCGCCCUUGCUGAGUUGACGGCUGCAUUCGAAUCGCGACCAAUUCUGCUCAAACACAAAAGCUUUUCCUUCUAUCGGCCGGCGGCAUAUGCGAUUGCCCAAACUGUCAUCGAUAUACCCCUCGUUCUGAUCCAAGUCUUCAUCUUUGAUAUUGUGGUCUACUUCAUGGCAAACCUUUCGCGAACAGCUUCCCAGUUCUUCAUCUCGCUUCUGCUUCUGUGGAUCAUCACAAUGACCAUGUACGCUUUCUUCCGUGCAAUUGGAGCGCUUGUUGGUUCCUUGGACGUGGCUACCCGCAUUACGGGUGUCGCUAUCCAAGCCCUGGUUGUCUACACCGGCUACCUGAUCCCUCCAUCGAAGAUGCACCCCUGGUUCUCCUGGCUGAGGUGGAUCAAUCCGAUCCAGUACGGGUUUGAAGGUCUUGUCGCAAACGAGUUCUACAAUCUGGAUAUCCAGUGCGUUCCUCCGUUCAUCGCGCCCCAGGUCCCAGGUGCCCAGGAGCAGUAUCAAUCCUGUGCGAUCCAGGGAAAUACGCCUGGAUCCCUUACGGUAGCUGGGUCAGACUACAUCAAUGCUGCGUACGGCUACAAAAGGUCGCAUCUGUGGCGUAACUUUGGAAUCAUCUGCGCAAUGUUCAUCUUCUUCGUGGCUCUCACAGCGUUGGGUAUGGAGCUGCAGAAGCCUAAUCGCGGAGGCGGCGCUGUCACAAUCUACAAGCGUGGCCAGGUACCAAAGACUGUUGAAAAGGAGAUGGAGACCAAGAGUGUGCCCAAGGAUGAGGAAUCCGGCAAGGGCGAACCGAUCACCGAGAAAGACUCUGGCAACAAUGAGGAGUCAGGUAAAACGGUCGAAGGCGUUGCUAAAAAUGAGACCAUUUUCACGUUCCAAGACAUCAAGUACACCAUCCCCUACGAGAAGGACGAGCGUACACUACUUAGCGGCAUCCAAGGCUUUGUCAAGCCAGGCAAGCUUACAGCGCUUAUGGGCGCCUCAGGUGCUGGCAAGACCACUCUACUCAAUACGCUCGCACAGCGGAUCAACUUUGGUAUUGUCAGUGGAGACUUCCUUGUAGAUGGCAAGCCACUUCCACGCUCCUUCCAGCGUUCGACAGGAUUCGCCGAGCAAAUGGAUGUCCAUGAGUCAACGGCCACAGUCCGUGAGGCUCUGCGCUUCUCAGCACGUCUACGGCAGCCAAAGGAGACUCCUCUACAGGAGAAGUACGACUAUGUGGAGACCAUCAUUGACUUGCUUGAGAUGAGGGAAAUUGCUGGUGCUGCCAUUGGCGUUCAGGGCAAUGGCCUCAACCAGGAGCAACGCAAGCGCCUGACGAUUGGGGUCGAGCUCGCCAGUAAACCUGAGCUCCUCAUGUUUCUUGAUGAGCCAACGUCGGGCCUCGACUCUGGCGCUGCCUUCAAUAUCGUUCGCUUCCUGAGGAAACUGGCUGAUGCGGGACAAGCCAUCCUCUGCACGAUUCAUCAACCCUCUGCUGUCCUCUUUGAGCACUUUGACCAGCUUCUCCUUCUCAAAUCUGGUGGCCGCACCGUGUACUUUGGUGAGCUUGGGCAGGACUCCAAGACGCUGAUUGAUUACCUUCAGGACAAUGGGGCGAAGAAGUGCAAACCCCACGAGAACCCGGCCGAGUACAUGCUCGAGGCCAUUGGUGCAGGCGAUCCCAACUACAAGGGACAGGAUUGGGGCGACGUCUGGGAGAAGUCUUCGCAGAACCAGAAGCUCACCGAGGAGAUUCAAAGCAUCAUCUCUGACCGGCGAAAUGCUUCACAGAACGAGGAAGCUCGUGAUGACCGCGAAUACGCCAUGCCGUACGCUCAGCAGUGGCUGGCUGUGGUGUCUCGAGGCUUCGUUGCCAUCUGGAGAGAUCCUCCGUACGUCCUCGGUGUUACCAUGCUGCACAUCUUCACCGGUCUCUUCAACGGCUUCACCUUUUGGAACCUGGGCAACUCGCAGAUCGACAUGCAGUCGCGGCUCUUCUCCGUCUUCAUGACCCUUACCAUCUCGCCUCCUCUGAUCCAGCAGCUGCAGCCCCGCUUCCUCAGCGUGCGUAAUAUUUACGUGUCCCGCGAGGGCAACGCAAAGAUUUACUCGUGGACGGCCUGGGUCUGGGGAACCAUUCUUAGCGAACUUCCCUACCGCAUCGUCGCCGGCACUCUGUACUGGUGCUGCUGGUACUUCCCACCAAACUUUCCCCGCGACACGUACACGGCCGCCAGUGUCUGGCUCUUCGUCAUGCUCUUCGAGGUCUUCUACCUUGGCUUUGGUCAAGCGAUUGCCGCCUUCAGUCCAAACGAGCUUCUCGCCUCGCUCCUUGUCCCGCUCUUCUUCACCUUCAUUGUGUCCUUUUGCGGUGUCGUCGUGCCUUACAACGGCCUCCCGAGCUUCUGGCAGUCGUGGAUGUACUGGCUCACGCCGUUCAAGUACCUGCUCGAAGGCUUCCUCGCUCUCCUGGUCACGGGUCAGGAGAUCCGCUGCGAGCCGAGCGAGAUGGCGAUCUUUCCCUCUCCGCCCGACCAGGAUUGUCAAGCGUAUGCUGGGUCCUUUGCGCAGCAGACGGGUGGCUAUGUGGAGACGCUGCAGGACGGGAACUGUGGAUUCUGCCAGUACGCUUCGGGUGACGCGUUUGCAGCCAGCUUCAACGUCUUUCCCCGGUACAUCUGGCGCGACUUUGGCAUCAUGUGGGCGUAUAUCUUCUUCAAUUUCGCAGUCGUCUUUGUCUGCACCUGGCUUUAUCUCGGUGGCUUCCGCGAGAUCAAGGACGUCUUUAGCCCGGCUGCGAGGAAGCAGAAGAAGACACGGGCGAAGCAGAGACAGAAUGGCGAUGAAGCGUGA